AUGAUCUUGUCGGCUUCCACUACUUCGCUACUUCAGCAUGUCAUCCAGCGUCUCCACGAUGCCUUCGCCGUCAAGGACAUGGGACCCGUGCGGCACUUCCUCGGGAUCCACGUACACCGUACACGGGACGGCUUCUUCCUCUCGCAAGCCUCGUACGUCGAAGACCUGCUUGAACGUGCUGGCAUGGAAAAUUGCAAACCUGUCGACACGCCAGCAGAUGCCAAGCCAAAAACAUCAGCUAGCGACGGCAAGCCGAUCGACGACAUCACUGCCUACCGCAGCAUCGCAGGAGCACUCCAGUACCUGACGAUCACCCGCCCCGACAUCGCCUACGCUGUCCAGCAAGUCUGCCUCCAUAUGCACGCGCCCUGUGACGUCCAUCAGACGAUGCUGAAACGCAUCCUCAGGUACAUCAAGGGCACGCCGACGCUCGGAGUCCAGCUCGGCACUGCAGCAACACCAACGAUCACGGCGUACUCCGACGCCGACUGGGCGGGAUGCCCGGACACACGGCGUUCAACGUCCGGGUUCUGCAUCUUCUUCGGCAACUCGCUCGUUUCGUGGUCCUCGAAGCGACAAACUACAGUGUCACGCUCAAGUGCGGAAGCUGAGUACCGCGCCGUCGCUAACGCGGUCUCGGAGUGCUCUUGGCUACGACACCUGCUCGGUGAACUACGGUGUUCGGUCUCCUCGGCGACGGUGGCCUACUGCGACAACAUCUCUUCCGUCUACAUGUCGCACAACCCCGUCCAUCACCGACGAACCAAGCAUAUCGAGCUCGACAUACAUUUUGUCCGAGAGAAGGUCGCCAUUGGAGAGCUCCGCGUCACUCACAUUCCAAGUGCGCGGCAGAUCGCCGACGUUUUCAACAAGGGGCUACCGUCGGCACUGUUCUUCGACUUUCAGGACAGCCUCUCCAUCAUUCAAGCACCGAACGUCGAGACUGCGGGGGGUGUCAGCGGAUCAGGCCUAAACGCCUGCCCGAGUCUUCAGCCUGAACUGCCCGCGCGCGUCCAGCUCUCGCCGCGCAUGUAG